AUGAAGAAGGUGGUAUUGAAAUUGGAUUUACACGAUGACAGGCAAAAGCAAAAGGCCUUGAAAUCAGUCUCCAGCCUUACUGGCAUUGACUCUAUUGCUAUGGACAUGAAGGAGAGGAAACUAACCGUGAUCGGCGACAUAGACCCGGUCGAUGUGGUAGCCAAAUUGAGAAAAUGUUGGCACACAGACAUAAUAACAGUUGGACCAGCAAAAGAAGAAAAGAAAGAUGAGAAGAAAAAAGAUGAAGGCAAGAAGGAGGGUGAUAAGAAGAAAGACCCAGUUGCUGAGCUUGUCAAAGCCUACGAAGCCUACAAUCCUUGCAUGACCAAGUACUACUGUGUGCAAAGUGCAGAAGAAAACCCUAAUGCAUGUGUGAUAUGUUAA